CGUCCAUUUCUGUUACUGGCUCCUUCUUGUGCUUGGAUGCAUCCCCUUAGCAUGCACCAGGCUUUAGCAUCAAAGCUACCUGGGGAAUGGAGCCAGUCCAGAAAGGGUCAGGUGAUGUGUCACCAAUCAGUAUGUCCCCCAUCAGUCAGUCUCAGUUUAUUCCACUCGGGGAAAUCCUUUGCUUGGCCAUCUCUGCAAUGAACUCUGCAAGAAAGCCUGUCACCCAAGAAGCCCUGAUGGAACACCUGACGACGUGCUUCCCAGGUGUUCCAACCCCAAGCCAAGAAAUUCUCCGGCAUACCCUAAACACACUGGUACGGGAGAGGAAAAUCUAUCCGACCGCAGACGGCUAUUUCAUCGUGACCCCACAGACUUAUUUCAUUACUCCUUCCCUCAUAAGAACUAACAGUAAGUGGUACCACUUGGAUGAGAGGGUACCUGACAGGUCUCAGUGUACCUCUCCACAACCCGGAACCAUAACGCCCUCUGCCUCAGGCUGCGUCAGGGAAAGGACAUUACCCAGAAAGCACUGCGACUCUUGCCACUGCUGCCGAGAGGACGUGCACAGCGUGCACGCCUCCACUCUGCAGAGAAAACCCGCCAAGGACUGCAAAGACCCUUACUGCCCUCCUCCGCUCUGCCAGGUGCCACCCACCGAGAAGAGCAAAAGCACUCUAAAUUUCUCCUACAAGACGGAAACCCUCUCCAAACCUAAAGAUGGCGAAAAGCAGUCCAAAAAAUUCGGCCUCAAGUUAUUCAGGCUGAGCUUUAAGAAGGACAAGACCAAACAGCUGGCCAAUUUCUCUGCCCAGUUCCCUCCCGAGGAGUGGCCCCUGCGAGACGAGGACACGCCGACCACCAUCCCCCGGGAGGUGGAGAUGGAGAUCAUCCGGCGCAUCAACCCCGACCUGACGGUGGAAAACGUCAUGAGGCACACUGCCCUGAUGAAGAAACUCGAAGAAGAAAAGGCUCACCGGAGCAAAGCCGGGUCCUCUGCCCACCACAGCGGAAGGAGUAAAAAGAGCCGGACUCACCGCAAGUCCCACGGAAAGUCUCGGUCGCACAGCAAGACCCGAGUGUCGAAAGGAGAUCCUUCGGAUGGCUCGCAUCUGGAUAUCCCCGGCGAGAGGGAGUAUGAAUUCUGCGACCCUCUAACCAGGGCCCCCCGGGAGGGCUGCUUCAUCAUCGAACACAAAGGAGACAACUUCAUUAUGCACAGCAACGCUAACGUGAUCGAGUCCCAUUUCCCCAUGACGCCAGAAUGGGAUGUGUCUGGCGAACUGGCCAAAAGGAGAACGGAGAUGCCCUUCCCCGAACCUUCCAGGGGAAGCUCCCACUCCAAGGUGCACCGAAGCCACAGCCACACCCAGGACCGGAGGUCCAGGAAUGAGAGAUCCAACAAGGCCAAGGAGAGAUCCAGGUCGAUGGAUAACUCCAAAGGCCCCCUGGGCGCUUCUUCUCUCGGGACUCCGGAAGACCUGGCUGAAGGCUGCAGCCAAGAUGACCAGACCCCCAGCCAAUCGUACAUUGACGACAGUACUUUACGGCCUGCGCAGACUAUUGGUCAUCAGAGGGCUCAUAUUUCCUCUGCCAGCUAUAAAGAGGUGUGCAUUCCAGAAAUCGUCGGUGGCGGUAAGGAACCUUCUAGCGCUUGUAGCCUUUUGGAGCCAGGCAAAACCCCCGAGAGUGUGCCAUCCUAUGGGGAACUCAGCCCUUGCCCAGCCAAAACGGCUGUGGAUGACUAUUUUCAGUGCAACACCUCUAGCGAGACCGUGCUCACAGCACCGUCACCUUUGGGGAAGAAUAAGGAGGACCAUGACACGUUGACCUUGGUAGAGGGGGUAAAAAAGCUGUCUUCGUCUGAGAGGCAGACCCCCCAUUCCUCCAGGGAACCUGUUGGGCACGAGGAGUCACCGAAAGGGCCAGGUGGGGGCCCUGCUGCCUCUGGUGGUGUGGCAGAGGGGAUGGCCAAUGGCCGCCUUAUCCAACAUCAUAGUGCCGAGCCCAGCGGCCUGGACAAGAGGAAAGAAAUAUUCAGCAAAGACACACUGUUCAAACCUCUACACAACACCUUGUCCGUAAACAGCUAUCACAAAUCCAGCUUGUCCCUCCUCAAAUCUCACCCGAAGUCACCUGUUGACACACUACCAGUCAGAUGUGAAAAACUGGAACCUUCCCUUGGGACAUCCUCGGCCCAAGCCACGCCUGCGUCCCAGCGUCAGCAGGAAUCGGGCGGGAACCAGGAGGCUUCUUUUGACUAUUACAACGUCUCUGAUGAUGAUGACUCUGAAGAAGGGGCCAACAAAAACACAGAGGAGGAGAAAAACAGAGACGAUGUGGGUACCAUGCAGUGGCUCCUUGAAAGGGAGAAGGAAAGAGACUUGCAGAGGAAGUUUGAGAAGAACCUCACCCUCCUCACCCCAAAAGAAACUGAUAGCAGCAGCAACCAGAGAGCCACCCAUUCAGCCCGGCUGGACAGCAUGGACAGCAGCAGCAUCACAGUGGACAGUGGAUUCAACUCCCCACGCACUCGGGAGAGCCUGGCUUCCAACACAUCAAGCAUUGUUGAAAGCAACCGCCGCCAGAAUCCUGCCCUGAGUCCCGCCCACGGCGGAGCUGGUCCAACCUUCAACUUCCGCGCAAGUACGGAUCCCCAGACCAACGAGGCUGAGAAAUUACAGAAACCUUCCAACUGCUUGCAAGCUUCUGUUACUAGUGUAUGAUUGUCCUUCUGCCUCAGACCUUCUGUCUCAUUCGAUACAGCAACGUUUACGACACUUGGGACUGAUGUUUACAUCCCUGCAAAAACAAACAUCUCAAGCACAGUUUGGCAGUCGCUUGAACUGUGCUUCUAAGUAGGCUAGGGCAAAAAAAAAAAAAAAAAAAAUCUUUAUUUCAGAGUAUUGCUUUUCACAUUUAUGGCUCUGUAGCAACCGAAUAGCAGUAGGGGAGAUAGGCACACUUCCGAUUCACUAACUGUAUCUGAGCACACAUAGCAAAGUCUAAACACUGUAAGUGGAACAUGCAUUUUUCAAUGUCAUGCAGUUGCCAAUUCCAUUUUGAAAUGCCACAGAUGUGUGUUGCUCCCAGCCUAAGGGGAAUGGGUCCGUGGAACUAAUCCUGGUCAAACCCUUCCCUCCCCCAGAAAGCCAAGCUACCACAAAAUGUAAGUGUAGGGGUGUCCACCAUGAGAAAAUUCCAUGCCAAACUGAGCAGAAGUGACCCAAGCCCUUUGUGUGUGAGUCCUUCAAGCACCAGUCAUUUUUCACUGUGAGUUUUCAUGACACUCUUGCAGGAGCCCAUGGAAGCGUGUCAGAAAGGGUCCCAAUGACAGUCGUUAGAGUGUUUGUUUUCCAGUGCACUCAAUGCUUGUCUUGAGUUUUUUUAACCUUCCAUCAUCACCAACAGGAAUAUAGGCCUUUGAAGUGGACAAAGGAAGGGAAAUCUGGUCUCGCUGGGCCACAGCACUGAGUGAUGGAGAAGGUUGUGUGAACUUUCAGGAGGGAUGAAUCGGAUAUUGAAGAAGGAUGCCUUCCUCCUUGUGACACUUAGGAUGAGCUAUCUUACUAUAAUAGAUGCAGUGAUUAGUUUGUUUGGAAGCAAAAUGUUCUUUAUGAUACAAAUGAAGAAUGUGGCUUGAGGGUGUUAUUCUUUCUAAUGGAAGGGACAUAAAUCUAUUUUAUGUAGUUUAAAUAGAAUGCCUAAAUUAGGCUUGUGGGAGAUAAUUUUUAGUGGUUGUAGGAAAGAGCAAAUUUAGGGAGAGCUGAACUUCAGGCCUUUUAUUCCUGGGAAGAUAUCUAUAGAGAAAAAAAAAAAACCCUUUAAAGUAAUUUUUGAUUAGAAAUGUACACGGGCCCAUAUCAUCUACAGCAGAGUGUCCUCAUUCUGCUGGUGUGGUAUAUCCUUAAUUUGUACUACCCUAAAAUUUAUCAGAAUGAAAAUUAUGCAUACACGAACUAUGCCAGAGUAAUGUUUACAGAUACUUUGUAACAAUAUCAGGAGGUAUAUUUUAGGCGGAUUGUGUGGGCAUUGGCUUAGCGCCCCUAAAAAUGAUUUCCCCAUGCUCUACUUUGGUUUACAAUGUUAUGCUCAGUAUUGAAAAGCUUUGCAGCAGGGGGAUUACUAACCAUUGCACUUCAGUCCUACAGGAAGACACUUUUCAAAAGUUCCUUCAUUUUAUUUUCUGAGAAAAAAAAUUACAUACACUUGUAGGUACUGGAAAAUCACCUGCACAAGGGUUACAUCUGAUCCCAGAAAAUGGCCUGAAAUAAAGUUUAAUUCAGUUUAGUGUCAGAUGAUUUUUGGAGCCAUAUGCCAUAAUGAAUUCAUAAAUAAAUAACUUGAAAUAAAUAUAAAAGUUUCACUCAAGAUUUCAGUAAUGAGCAUAAAUUUGUGAGGUGUUUCUUUUUCCGUGUUAGGUUUAAUCACUCUCUGUGUUUAAGGGAGCACAAUCAUAUGAAGUAGUUGAAAUGUGCAUACGCAUAUUUUGUCUGCUCCCUGGAAUUUGCAAUGUGUCAAGCUGGGCUCCUCAAGUUUGGUAUGAUCUUUUGUGUGCUUGCUGUAUUGGAACUUAAGCACAGAUCUCAGCACACUGUUGCGUCAUUGAAAUGCUUAAGCCAAUUGACUUUGAAUCUCAUACCUUAUUUCCUCCCAGGCAUGCCGCAGUUACCCAGAAACACAUUGUUUAUCUCCUUACUUAAGUACGUCCAGAAAUGACAGCCAUGCAUCUUGUAUAUGGCAUAAUCUGUUGUUGGCUUUGAGGAGCUGUAUACCAUACGAUUUCUAGAUCUGGUUUGUCCAAAAAUUUUUUCCCCAAAAACCUGCUCUCAAAUUUUUGGCAUACUCAGUUCAUAAAUAACAUUUGGCAUACUCAGUUCAUAAAUAACAUUUAAACGAUACGUUAGUCUCUGAUCCUCUGAAGGUAGCCAUUGAAAGAAUUGAUUACUGUGUGAGCAGGAAAAGACAUAAUUCCAUUCAGGAGAUGCUUUAAAAUAAGAAUUUUUUGAUAGUUCACAAGAAACAUGUUUACAGAAAACAUGACUCAAAUACAAUGUGUACACUAUUUGCCUAACCACUUUGGGGCACACGAUUUAAAAAAAAUAAUAAUAAAAGAACCUCCCUUAGACCAGCAGCCGUUAGCAUAGAAUGAUGGACUUCCAAAAAGAUAUACCACAUAAACAGAUACUCCACGGAGAAACACUCUGGUCUGAAUCUGAUCUGGAUUCGUGGCUGGAGGAACGUUGGUGGUGGGAGGCACGUGACAGGCAUGGCAAGUACAUGUGUCUUAAGAUGGCAAGACUCUUGAUGCCCACAGCCUUGAGGCCCUCUCCAGGCUUUGCCAACAUUCUUCUCCACUGGAAACAUAGCUUUGUGUGACAUGACUGCAUGUCCAGUCUUAGAGUUUAUCCAUGGAAAGGUUUACAAAACUGAAUCUGGUUGAGUCUCUGUGAGGCAUUCAACUUUAAAGGGUCAACACAUCUGUCGGCAUUUUGCACACUUAUGUAUUAUUAUGAUACAACAUAUUACUUUAUGGUAAUUUUUAUUUUUACAUAGAACUACCUCCAUGAAUUUGAUGACAUGGCAGCAGUGUGUUAAAGUGUGUUCUUCAGAAAAGCAAUGUUUCAAACAUGCUUCAGCAGUGGGCCAUGGCGUUCUGUGUGUGUCAGUGAUUCGUCCAUUGGACUCAUGACUUUCUCCCUGCUGUGGUUUUCUUUCAGAACAUUCUUUGGCUUCCAACUGUAAACCUGUUGUCUUCUUUCUCACUCCCUUUUCCCCAUGAAAGCACAUUUGAUUUGUUACAAAUGAAUGAACAUUUAAAAUUAUUGUCUUCCCCAUUUCUCCAUUUCUGCUAUUAAAGGGGGAAAAAAGUCCUUUUUGGCAAAGAGCCACAUGGUAAACAUUUAGGAAGUUAUUAAUUUUUAUUGGAUUGGAUUGCUCGACUUUUUUUUUUUUUUUCAGUAACAAAACAGUAACGUGAGAAAUUUGGACUGCCAAUUUGAAGCACUUUGGGCCUCUCUGCCUUUAUUAUAUGCUACCCUAUGGAGCCCAAACUUACUUAAAAGAAAAAAAAAAAGCUGUGCCAUGCAUUCUGAGAUGUCUGUUAAGUAAUUUAUACACCAUUUGGUAUAUUUUGCACAUCUCAGGAGACCUUAAUGAGUGUGAGAAAGGUGUGUGUGUGCACCCAAUAGAGAAAACAAAUAGGAGCGCUGAAAGGAGACUAGCUGGCUAGAAAUAACAAAUGCCUGUGUCUUUGAUGUUGGAGAAUCCAAAUUCAGGAAAUCUAGAUCGACAGGGACUCUGGAGAAGCAGUGAUUUGAAUACCAGCUGUUCCUAAAUGUCUCUUUUUCAACACUGAACGAAUCUUGUUAAGAUGUUCGUUGAAAAUCUGUUGCGGCCACCACUAAGACAAGAAUGGUGGCUCACAGAAAAGUGUCAUUUCUCUUCCAGGCUAGCACAGCUUUGUAAAGUUCUACCCAGGAUUAGCCACCUCUCACCACGCAGUGUACUUGAAGAUAAAGUUUGUGACCUCAGUGACAGGCACAGCUCUCCUCAAACCGUAGAGGCCAUUUUUGAGAAAUGUCUUGCCGUUUGGGAGGGGUAGCAUUCUGAGCUUGUACUAACAGCCAGUGACUGGUGAUGUUACUCGGCUCACCUCGGGAUCUCAAAGUGCUUCUGAAACACUAGCUGUGUGAUUACAGGGCAGGUCCUGUUGGUGAUACCCAUGCUUGACAGGAGCAAACAGAUGGGUGGCUCAAGGCCACCCAGAAACACAGUGGCAGCUAACAGUGACCUAUUUCUAUCUGUUUGAUAGGCCAUUGUGAGAAAUCACUACAAUGCUAUUUUUAUGAUGUGUGCUAAUAAAGAAAACAAAUACAGCUUGA